UUUACAGUUAAACACCGUGGAAGAAAAGCACGUGUCUGAAAGCUAACGUGAGCAUAAUAACUAGAGAAAAACAACACACGUUGAUAAUAUAGUCUUAUAGUUUUAUUCGCAAAAUGGUUCGUAAAUUGAAGUUCCACGAGCAGAAACUCUUGAAGAAAGUCGAUUUUAUUAACUGGGAGGUUGACAACAAUUUACACGAGGUUAAAGUGUUGAGAAAAUAUCAUAUUGAGAAGAGGGAAGAUUACACCAAAUACAACAAACUUAGUCGAAAUAUCAGAGAAUUGGCACAGAAAAUACGAGACUUGGACGAAAAGGAUGGUUUCAGAGCUCAAAGUACAGCCCUUUUCUUGGAAAAACUUUACAGUGUCGGUUUGAUCCCCACCAAACAGAACCUGUCCCUCACGAACGAAGUCUGUGCUUCUGCAUUCUGCAGGAGACGUCUUCCCACAAUUAUGCUGAAAUUGCGUAUGGCUCAGAACCUGAAGACUGCCAUAACCUUCAUCGAGCAGGGACAUAUUCGUGUUGGGCCUGAGAUUGUCACUGAUCCUGCUUUUCUCGUAACAAGGAGCAUGGAAGACUUUGUCACAUGGGUGGAUUCAUCCAAGAUCAAACAACAUGUCAUGAACUACAACGAAGAGCGAGAUGACUUUGACCUCAUUGUCUAAAUCCAGAAAGAAAUUUGGAUUCCAACCAGAAAUGAUCAGUGCAUCAAGAGCAGCUGUUCAUUUGUGAUUCAUCAAAUGUAUAUAUUUAUACGCUGUCAGACAUAAAUGACCAAUUAUCAUCUUGAACCAUGUUAAGUGAGUAAAUGCAUUGAGUGUGACUGUUUUGUAAUAAUUGUAAACAAUAAACAAUUACAGUUCAA